AUGGCUGAGGACGGUUACAAGGUUUCCUUGAAUGUGUAUGACUUAAGUCAAGGACUAGCUCGUCAACUCUCCACGUCAUUUUUGGGAAAAGCAAUUGAAGGCAUAUGGCAUACAGGAGUAGUUGUAUAUGACAAGGAGUACUAUUUUGGGGGUGGUAUACAACAUUCUCUGGUCGGAUCGACACCAUAUGGGACCCCAAUUCGAACGGUGGAUCUUGGGGUCACGCAUGUGCCCAAGGAUGUCUUUGAAAUGUAUUUGCAAGAGAUUGGUCCUCGAUACACAGCAGAAACGUACAGUCUGCUCACUCAUAACUGUAAUAAUUUUAGUAAUGAGGUAGCUCAAUUUUUGGUCGGCGCAACCAUUCCAGACUACAUACUGAACCUCCCCAAUGAAGUUAUGAGCAGCCCCAUGGGUGCUCUUAUAAUGCCUAUGAUACAGCAACUGGAGACAACAUUGAGAGCAGGUGCUGUUCCACAAACUCCACAGUUCAGGCCCCCCACAUUGUCUUCUACUUCUCAGGCAACAAAAACUGGGAAUAAAUCUUUUGGUGAUAGGCGUGGUCAGGUUAUAGGAGAAGCGGACAACAAAGAGGUCAAGAGCAACGUGAAACCAAACGUUCAACCAGCCAAGUGCGUGGAGCCUGAGAAGGCAGAGAAUGUUGCUGUGCCUCCUGCAGUCAAACCUGCUGGAGUGCAGGAGAAGUCAUCUGUCAGCGGCAGGGUUGCAGGCGAUUCUCUAGGAGAUGCUCGGAGUAAGGUGCAAGAUGAGAUCACCACUGAAUUUGCUGCGAUCAUGGCAACUGGGACAUUACGUGCAAGUGAGGCUGCAGCACUU